ACCAAGUCCUUCGGGGAGAAAUGUUUAUCCAUUGCCAUUCCCACCAAAUGCAAGUCCUGCAGACCUCUCACCUUUUUUCUUUCCCUAAAGCCCUAAACCCUACGCCCAACCGCUACCACCGCAAUCACCACCGUCAGUGCCAUCCUCUAUUCUCAAAAACUGUAGUUCCCUCCACCUCCACCGCUAGCUUACCGCCUCCAAAAUGCUAUAGCUCCGACGAAUUCCCAGUAGACGAGACCUUCACCCAAAUUUUCGGCCCUAGAGACGACGCAAAAGAGGAAGAAUGGCGUCGUAAGAACUGGGUCGAGCGCGGGUGGGCCCCUUGGGAGGAAAUCCUUACUCCUGAAGCUGAUUUCGCUCGUAAAUCCCUCAAUGAAGGCGAAGAGGUUCCUCUCCAGUCGCCGGAAGCCAUUGAAGCUUUCAAAAUGCUUUCCCCUAGGUAUCGACUCAAAAAGAUUAAAGAAAUGGGACUCACCGAAGACGAGUGGUACAAGAAGCAAUUUGAAAUUAAGGGAGAAAUACCCGAAAAGCUGGAGACUCUUUGGGCAGGGCCACUGGUUCUCAGACACGUGCCUCCUCGAGAUUGGCCUCCUAGAGGCUGGGAAGUCGAUAGGAAGGAGCUUGAGUUUAUAAGGGAAGCUCAUAAGUUGCAGGCAGUUAGAGUGGGAAUUGAAGAACUGGAGAAUCGCGAAACUACUGAUACUCAAGGAAUGUGUUUAGAUAGAUAUAAGAUGUUCUUGAAGCAGUAUAAAGAUUGGGUUGUCGCAAACAAGGAUAGAUUAGAAGAGGAGUCUUAUAAGAUUGACCAAGAUUAUUAUCCUGGCAGAAGGAAAAGAGGGGAAGACUACAAAGAAGGCAUGUAUGAACUUCCAUUUUAUUACCCAGGGCAGAUUUGUGAGGGACAAGUGACUACUAUUCAUCUAUAUCAAGGAGUCUUUGUUGAUAUUGGAGGUGUGCACGAUGGGUGGGUUCCUAUCAGAGGCAACGAUUGGUAUUGGAUCCGCCAUCACAUUAAAGUUGGUAUGCAUGUCAUUGUUGAAAUUCUGGCCAAGCGAGAUCCUUACCGAUUUCGAUUUCCUAUUGAGAUGCGUCUUGUUUGGCCUAACAUAGAUCACCUUAUCUUCAACAGAUUUGAAUUUCCCCCAAUAUUUCAUCGUGAUGAGGAUACCAACCCAGAUGAAUUACGGCGCGAUUGUAGAAGACCUCCUGUUCCUAGAAAAGAUCCAGGAACAAAACCAGAAGAGGAACCACUUUUGUCAAAUCACCCGUAUGUUGAGAAGUUGUGGCAAAUCCAUGUUGCUGAGCAAAUGAUUUUGGAUGAUUUGGAGGCCAAUCCAGAGAAAUACAAGGACAAAAAACUAUCCGAAUUAACUGAUGAUGAAGAGUUUGAUGAACAAAACAGUGUCCAAUAUACUGAAGCUUAUUACAAGAAAACCUUAUUGCCUAAAAUAGUUGUGAAACAAAGUGUCAAAGAACUUGACUUGGAAGCAGCCUUAGCUGAGCGGGAGCUUCAUAAUAAACUAAGAAUGGAAGCAAAAGAAAGAGGAGAGAUAUAUAAAAUUACUAAGCUGAGACGAAAUAUAGAAAUGGAUGAGUAUGAUUUGUUGCAUUGGCGUCGAUCAUUUGAGGAAAGGGAAGCUUUGCUCAGAGACAUCAGCUGCCGCCAAGCUCUUGGUUUGCCAUUGGAAGAACCAGGAAGGUAUAAGCCCGCAAGCUAUUUUGGAAAGGAUCAAUAUGAUCCUGAUAAUCCUUUAUACCGCUAUGAUUACUGGGGAGAACCCAAGAACUCAGAAAAGAGUAAGCAAGAGAGGAUGACAGAUGCUCACAACAAAGCCAUUGUGGGCAAGGGCACUGUUUGGUAUGAAAUGUCUUAUGAAGAUACCAUUAAACAACGGAUGCAAAGAGAAGCUCUUUCAAAGGACGUGAAGCAAAAAGAUGAUGAUGAGGUUUCAGACAGAGAUCAUGGAGACGAGGAUGACGAUGACGAUUUUGAUUACAGCAUUUUAAGUGACUUGAAUGACAUUUCUAAUCAACCUCUUGUAAAUGGUACUAAAUCCUCUGGACUAUCAGAUGAGGGUAUGUUUGAGAACUAAAGUAACUUUUACAAAAUCUAUAUAAUAUUCUCAUUUUUUUUAUUGUUC